CCGGCCUGGGCUGCCCCCGGAGCCAUGAGCCCCGGGCUGCUGCUGCUCGGCAGCGCCGUCCUGCUCGCCUUCGGCCUCUGCUGCGCCUUCGUGCACCGCGCUCGCAGCCGCUACGAGCACAUCCCCGGGCCGCCGCGGCCCAGUUUCCUUCUAGGACACCUCCCCUACUUUUGGAAAAAGGAUGAGGUUUGUGGCCGCGUGCUCCAAGACAUGUUUUUGGAUUGGGCUAAGAAGUACGGCCCCGUUGUGCGGGUCAACGUCUUCCACAAAACCUCGGUCAUCAUCACGAGCCCCGAGUCGGUCAAGAAAUUCCUGAUGUCAACCAAGUACAACAAGGACUCCAAGAUGUACCGCGCCAUCCAGACUGUGUUUGGAGAGAGGCUGUUUGGCCAGGGCUUGGUGUCGGAGUGCGACUACGAACGCUGGCACAAGCAGCGGCGUGUCAUAGAGCUGGCCUUCAGCCGCAGCUCGCUGGUCAGCCUGAUGGAAACAUUCAACGAGAAGGCGGAGCAGCUGGUGGAGAUCCUGGAAGCCAAGGCCGACGGGCAGACCCCUGUGUCCAUGCAGGACAUGCUGACCUGCACCACCAUCGACAUCCUGGCCAAGGCAGCUUUCGGGAUGGAGACCAGCAUGCUGCUGGGCGCGCAGAAGCCCCUGUCGCAGGCGGUGAAGGUCAUGCUGGAGGGCAUCAGCGCAUCCCGCGACACUCUGGCGAAGUUCCUGCCAGGGAGGAGGAAGCAGCUCCGUGAGAUCCGGGCGAGCAUCCGCCUGCUGCGCCAGGUGGGCAAGGACUGGGUCCAGCGGCGCCAGGAAGCCCUGAAGAGAGGCGAGAACGUCCCGGCCGACAUCCUCACCCAGAUCCUCAAGGCCGAGGAGGGAGCCCAGGACGACGAGGUUCUGCUGGACAACUUCGUCACGUUCUUCAUUGCUGGCCACGAGACCUCUGCCAACCACUUGGCGUUCACAGUGAUGGAGCUGUCUCGCCAGCCCGACAUCGUGGCCAGGCUGCAGGCCGAGGUGGACGAGGUCGUUGGUUCGAAGAGGCACCUGGACUGUGAGGACCUGGGGAGGCUGCAGUACUUGUCCCAGGUCCUCAAGGAGUCGCUGCGGCUGUACCCGCCUGCCUGGGGCACCUUCCGCCUGCUGGAGGAGGAGACCCUGAUCGACGGGGUCAGAGUUCCCGGCAACACCCCGCUCCUGUUCAGCACCUAUGUCAUGGGGCGCAUGGACACAUACUUUGAGGACCCGCUGACCUUCAACCCUGACCGCUUCAGCCCCGGAGCACCCAAGCCCCGCUUCACCUACUUCCCCUUCUCCCUGGGCCACCGCUCCUGCAUCGGGCAGCAGUUUGCUCAGAUGGAGGUGAAGGUGGUGAUGGCCAAGCUGCUGCAGCGGCUGGAGUUCCGCCUGGUGCCGGGGCAGCGCUUCGGGCUGCAGGAGCAGGCCACGCUCAAGCCGCUGGACCCCGUGCUCUGCACCCUGCGGCCCCGGCGCUGGCAGCCCACGCCCCCACCCCCGCCCUGCUGAGGGGCUCCGGGCAGGACUGGACCGGACUCCUCCACCCUCCUCUGCUGCCCACAACACCACCUGCCCACCACCCUGCCCAGCACCCCCCACGGUGGCUCCCUGCCGGCCUCUGCCAGCCGCCUGCUCUCGUCCCCGUCGCCUGCUGAAUCCUUGGUCCUUCCUGGACGGGUUCUGCCUGACUCCCAGCUGCUGUCACCUCUGACCUUUGCCUAGCACACUCCCUCAGACAAGGCAACCUAAUUCUUGCUCACCCUCUAAAGCCCUUCGGGUGUCACCUCCACCAGGAAGCCCUCCCUGCUACCCCCAGCUGGGCCAGGGGCCCCUCCUCUGUGCUCCCUCGGUCACCUGUGCUACCUCUAACACCGCACUGACCACACUGUAUCGUGAGUGACCGGCUGCCCUGCGGGCCAUGAGCGCCUGCAGGACAGGGUCUGCUUGUGAUUCCUCUCUGAGCCUCCUGUGCUCACCCAGGGGCUAGCACAGAGCCGAUGCUCAAUAAACACGUGUUGACUGCA